AUGUACUCCAAAGGCAAGGCGAAUACAGUGCCCUCCGAUGCUCAGGCACGCGAAAAGUAAGCUUCACUUUAUUUUUCCUGCAGAAUGGAUGUCAGAAAUGGAAUCAGCGUGUUCAAAAAUGGGGGAUAGUGUGUAUAAUGUGGCACCAUUGUUGGCGAAUUUUCGACAGUUUCAUCGCCGGGUCGAGCGCGGCUUUUGUGCUCACUGUCCACCAUGUCUGUACAUUGAUAGAGUGUAACAGGUUUUUUUACGACUGUUUUUCGUUCUUCGCAGGCUGGCCUUGUACGUCUAUGAAUACCUUUUACACGUGGGGGCACAAAAAAGUGCACAGACUUUUCUUAACGAGGUAAAAUCUUUCGAAACUUUGUUCGCUUUCCCAGUGGUGAGGAUGCAAGUUGACUUUAUUGUGGACGCGCAACAUGCAACGCGUCGUCGCGAACAACUUACGCUGAUGGCUACUGAAGGCUAGUUUCGUUCUUUUACAGAUAAGAUGGGAAAAAAACAUAACGCUUGGAGAACCUCCUGGCUUUCUUCAUUCAUGGUGGUGGUAAGUUCGCCAAUGACUGGACUAAUUAGGCAGUUGUUGAUUCGAAUUUUAAACUAGGUUCUCAUUACCUUUACAGUAGAGUUAGAGGUACAUUGUAAUGGUCGUUUACACGAAACACUGACGGCCAGUAUUCCGCUGGCUUCUCAACUGUGGCUCUAGGUGCUUGCUAAACCUUUCUUUAAGAUAAAAUCCCGUUUGUUUUUUUUUAAUUUCCCGCCCAAAUUAUAGCUGUUCGUUCAUCUCAUAUCCUUUGGUGUAUGUCUUUUUCCUUUCUUCAUUUCAGUGUGUUUUGGGAUUUGUAUUGUGCUGCGCCGGAGAGAAGGGACAGUUGUGACCACUCUAGUGAAGCCAAAGCUUUUCAUGACUAUGUAAGAUAAACUAACAACUAACUCUGAAAACUCUCUUUGUAAUUUCUACCGUCAUCCUCGCGAGCAAGCGAUUAUUCGUUUGUCGAUGCGUUCCCCAUUUUUGUCACGCUACAGCAGUGUAUUGUUACAUUUACACGCGCGGAAAUCAAGCGAGAUCAACGACUUGAAACAUACUUGUCGCUAUAAUUAUUGUUGUGGGUGCAAAACCCAAAAAACAAAGAGUUUGAUUUCCAUGUGGGUGAUCGAUCGCGGCGUAAAAGUAAAAACACACACGCAGAUAAAGUGAGUUGUUUUUUGCUGCGCCUGAGAAUUUCCUGUCUUUGAGUGUGCACCGCUGUCAUUUCCUUUCAGAGAAAAUACCAAAUCCGUCUCGUGAGAAUUCUAACUGGGCUCCUCAUCAGCCGUAACUGAUAUGUUAGGAAAUAUCCUUCCGUGUUGAUUCGACUUAUUUUAGGGGAAGGGUAAAAGUUUGCCGUGUACUAAUAAUUUUGCCAGCUCUAAAGCUUGAACCUAAAGAUAGGAAAUAUUCAAAUGCCGAUCGAGUUGGGCUAGUUAAUUUUUUAUCGAGAACCAAAAGAUAUUGCUUCGUCGAAAGGAUAGAGACAACUUUGAUUUAUUAUAGAGCAAACUUUUCGAAAAAUCUGCUUCCUAUCCGGAUAUAGUAUUCCUUUCUUUCCUCUCUUGUAGUUCUGCCUUUGACCGCUUAUCACGAACAAUAGUCUUUGUAGCUUACCACCAGUUGCAUUUUAUUCUGGGAUUAGAACUUUCGCCUUCAUAAGUUUAUUUUCCGUUUGAUUGAAGACGACGCCACUUGAUCAUGUCGUCGUUAUUUCGAGUAAUUGAGUGUUCUUAUAUCUAACCAUUUUAAAUCCUGCUUAACCGGGCCGGGUGAAUGGCGGUCGGUGAGUGCUCAUGAACGUAAAGGUUUGAAUAAAUUACUCGACGGUAUAGUUACGACAGGAUCGGAUCAGGUGUAAGCCAUAGAUUUAUAUUGAAUUCAAUGAUUUUCCAGUGAAGUGCUUCAGUUUACAGCUAUGAUUAAUAAACCGCUUAGAUUUUGUUAUUUGGCUCGAGUAGUAAAGAUUAACAGAACGAAUGAUCGAAUUGAACGAUUGAUCAGCAUUUCGAAACCACGAGACUGAGCCGUCGACGGAUGUUUUGUGUUGACAAACUAUGGGGGAGAUGCGUAUUGAGGUUUCCCAAAAUUUGCAUAAUUUCAGCCAGAAAUCGGAUCUGUUUAAUGUCGUGGCAGAGCUGAUAUGAAGGCUUAGCAACUCCUUGAAGUGAGUCUUUGGUGAAAAGUCACGGAGAAAACCAGUUUAAUCGCGCGGAAAACGGUUCAGCCGCGCUUUAUUUCUUGUUUCGCGCGUGAUAAUCUCCACAUACCCGUCGACGCGCAGAUAAUGUGAAUUUGCAUGCCCAUAAAUAGCACAAGUUUUUAUUCGACAGCUCUGAGUUGUACGGCACUUCAUGGGUGGUCGAUCACCUUCCGUGUUGUCUUUGUACAUUUUGGUGGUAGAGUAACCACUAGAGUUUGUCUGUUACGUGUUGUGAUUGAGGUUGCAUGCAAAUCUAGCUUAGGCAGGUGUUGAGUUUCCAACAUCAUUCAAGCAUUUUAGGAAAAUUCUGACAGGAAUUGCUAUUGUGUUAGAAACUAUGGGAUCUGUUAACCAGGGUUCUUUUUAAGAAGUCAAUGAACAGUUUUGGGGAAAUUGGUUUUUCUGCGAUUAUUUUUAUCAACAACACUCACGUCACCUUUGACAAAGUUUUGUAUUGGAGCAAAUUUGUUUCAGAACUUGCUUGUUUAUAGAAGGAUGAAAAAGUAGGAAUGCCAUUGUUGGUGUUGGCAGGGAAAAGGAAGGCUUUUGUGCUGUAGAUAUGUUUUAGUGACUGGGAAUCCUGUUUUCUGUUGAUAAAAAUCACUGCAAUACAAAAUAAUCAUUUGAGAUGAAAUGCUAAUGAAUCAAAACUUCUAAUAAAUUAUAGCUGAAAAAUUCAGUUAUAUUUUGUUUUGCACAAAGUUAAAAGAGCAGCUGCAGAACUAUUUUAAAGCAUUCAUCACUAAAAGUGAAUAUGUAAUUUUUCUUUUUUAUUUGUAAAAAGAAUGGGAGAGGCAAGCAAGGCUUAAAUUACUAAUUCUCCAGUUUGUCCAGUUUUCAAUAUUUUGGAAAGCAAAAUUGCAAAAUCUCCUUUUGAAAGUGUUUGUUUUCAUAUGUUUGUAAACCAAUGGCUGAUUCUCCCUGUAUUGAGCUAAUUUUUUAAAAAAAGAGGCUGAUAUGUCCUCUGCACAUGGUCUUAUCUUGUAUGUAUCUAAUUGAAUUUUUUUGGUCUGUUACAAGAUGAGUUGGACUAAAAAGGUUGUAAUAAGUAAUGCCAAGGAGCCAAUGAGAUUGCCGAAGGUCAAAUGAAGGGCACUUUUAGGAAGCCCUCUUGGCUAUUCACAAUUCAAGGCUUUGGUGUCUUUUUGCGGAACAUUUAACGCCUACUUUCAAAGCAUGUUUUUGUAAUUUGGUUGUUACUUCUAAACCUCUCUUCCUGUUCAGGGUUAAAACAAUUUAGUAUUUUGCAAUUAAAGGUGUGAAUUUUAAUAACAAUUUUUAUCAAGAUAUAUUUAAAAAAGACUCAUUUAUCCAAAGUACAAACUUUGUGUAUCCAUUAAUAAUGACCCAGACGUUAGCAAGGGUGGUAAAUAUUUAAGAUUACAUGAUCACAUCUGGUUCUUGUUCGCCAAAGCUUUAAAGGUCAAAAUUCUUUCUACUUUGUUUCGGCAACCUUACCAGGGGUAGGUAAGAGUAGGGUAAUUUCUUUUCUGUAUAGUUACUGAUAAGACAAAUGGGAGUCCAAGCAAUUGUUGUAAUUGAAGCCUUUUGAACUUAUUUUGAAUUCUAAAUGCCAUUGAAAUCAGCUGGUGAAGUGUGGUAUCUUUUACAGAGUGACUGCUGUAACUGGGGCCACGUAGAGAAAGCUGACCAAUUGAAUAACAGGAAAAUAACAAAUAUACAUUUCAAGGAAGUUGGUUGUCAAACAUAUACGUAUUUAUGUGAAUACGUGGCCAACCUCGAAUUAGCGCCCACCCUAAAGGCAGAAAAAGUUAAUAAGCCUCUAAUAAGCGCCCACUUCCUUUCACCUCACACCUCUCCUAAAUUGAAUACAUACUAACAAGAGACUUCCCUGAAGAUGGAGUUUUCUUCAGAGUAUUUUACAGAAGCCUUGCUUUGUGACAUUUUCGCAUUUUGUUUUGUUGCAAAAUAAACAUACUACACUUGCUGAAAAUGUUGAAAAUUUAACAAGUGCCCAGCCUCGAAUAAGCGCCCACCUCGAGUAAGCACCCACUCUCAAGGUCUAAAAAUUUAAUAAGCUCCCAGGGCGGUUAAUCAAAUAAAUACGGUAAUUACCACAAAAAAGAACAUGGAUUGAAAUCAGCCAACCUACCGACCUGACCUUUUAAAUCCACUGAAGAGAGCCUGUGUUCCUGAGAGGUCAAUUAGAGUGAUUAAAAGUGGCAAAAAUGGAGAAGUUAGUUAUAUUUUUUACCUGAGAUUGGUGGUUAUUGUAAAGUGCAGCAAUGUAAGUGAUGACAAAAUAACAGCUUGUGUCCAACAAAUAAGUCUCCUGGGUGUUACAUAUACAAUGAAGAAUAGAAAAAUAUUGUCUAAUGAAACGUUUGUCAUUCAGAGCUUUGUGUAACUUGUUGUUAUGGCCAACUUUCUUUGAAAGUAUUGUUAUUUUCCUGUAAUCCAGAUGGUCAACUUUGUGUAGGUGGUCAGAUUACAGUUGUAGUUGCACUGUAAAUCCCACAAUUUAAUGCUCAAAGUUGUCUCUCUCAACUCAGGGUUCUAAAUGAGUACAUCUGGCUGGUGAAAUACCACCAUGACUUAAAUGGGUGUCCUGUUAUUGUCAGAGUAGUAAAACAUAACUCUUAAGAGCUAAGUGUCUCUGAAACAGGAUUAAAAACAUACUGUGUUGGCUUCUUUGUUUGAUAGUAAGCUUUAACCUUUACCCUUUUUUUUCUUGAUGGGAAGUAAGAUAUCUUUCAACUGAAACCUUGUUUGACUACCUUAAAUUGCUUCUAAAUACUUAAGAUAAUUAUAUGUGCAGUAGUACUGGGGAAAUUUGACCUUUUCAAAGUGUGAAACAGAUCCAUUCAUACAAUUUCUGAUCAGUACUGUUAUCGGUGAUAAUACCGUUAUUGACACAACUUGAUGAACCCUUCAUCAGGUCAUUCCCAAUCUCCAGCAGGGAGCUGUUCCAUCUCCUGGAUUUCCUCAGAUGAACGAUGGUCCCCCGGGUGGUUCAAGUAUGCCAGGAGGAAUGCCUCCUUAUUUUACGGUAGGUAAUCUUGCACGAGGCCGUUUUCAUGGUGACAUUUAUAUUCUUCUACAUCUGCCAGGAUAUAAUAUAUCGUCUUUGGUUUCUUACUGAAAUUUAUCAACCCUACCAAGAUUAAAUGAAAUCAGCCCUAAUUUUUACAAGGUAAUAACAAAUCCCUGAAGUGUUCUGGAAGUUGUGAUAAAUGUUGGUUCAUAUAUAUGUAAAUGGUAUGGAGCACUACUCAGUGACCCAAUAGUUUAAUCAACUGUCCCAAAAAAUAAUGAUGGGCUAUAGGGCUGUAAUUAUUUGACAGACAUACAGUGUAUGCAUGCUGCUGCAGGAUGAAAAAGUCUACUCUGGCUUAAUUUGUUGAGUUUAUUCCCCUGGGUUACGUUUGGCCCCUUACAACAAUCAGUGGGGCUCCUGGAAGAGAACUAUGUGUAGCAUCAUGUUCCAGAAAGAGCCACUUGUCUGUUCAUCCCUCACUCUCCUUACUUCCAAUCACUUCACAGCUGUCCUGUCGAUCAAAACAGAAACUUUUUAGAAGGCGUUUGUAGUACUUUUGCUUUUAUGCAACAGUCCUAAUUAAUGACCAGGGUAAUAAAGUAUAUAUUACAUGUUGAACCGGCCAUGUGCUAAUGACUUUUUACUUUAUGUUGUAGUCAUCACAACCGCAAGCCUCACCACAUCAACCACAAUCACACCAAACACCUCCCGGUUACAUGCCCAAUCAGGUAAUAUUGACAUGUCCAUUUACAUCUUACAUCUUACUGUCAAACUCAGAAAACCGUGAAUGGCUGAAAAAUUUCAGGAAUGUUGAUUGUGUAGUGACCAAUCACAAUGAAGUUCAGUACAUGCAAGAAAACCACAAAACCACAAACUAACUACUGUUGCUGUUUACAGUUUAGGUUCCUCAUGCCUUGUUGGCUUUCUCUUCGCAAUGUAAUAACAUUCCAUGAAUAUUUCUGGUGUUCACGGUUUUGUGAGUUUCACAGUAAGACUUUUAGUUCACCCUGAUGUUGCAUUCCAUCAGUGACUUAAUUUGUGAUUUGGUGAGUUUCGUGAACUCAAUCUGUCCAUACUAGAAACCCAUGGGACCAGCUCAGGGGCCAGCUACACUCUUUUAAUAAUGUAUAUGUUGUGGUUCAGUUUUAUCCUUGGUUUAAAAUUUAUUUUCUGUUGUUUGAAACUAAUUAUCAUGUUAUUAUCAUACGUUGCCAUACCCAAGAACAAAAGAAAAUAAUAUUUGAAGGAAGGAUAAAAUUGAACCACAACAUUUACAUAGAGGAUAUUACACGGUGGCGCGAAGAUAUGAAUUUUAUUUUUGAGUGGAUAAACAAUAUUUUACGAACGAGCGCAGCGAGUGAGAUAAAAUAUUGUUUUUGCCACAAGAAAAUAAAAUUCAUAUCUUGAAGCCACGGUGUAAUUUUCUUUUUAUUACAUAGACAAAAAGACAUCGAUAAAAUAAUAGAUUUUUAUUCGCCAAAAAGUAAUUGUGAAGGCCCAAAUUUACAGUACAGCAAUAUAAUAUAAGACAUGUUUACAAAAAUCUUGGGAAAUAACACUGAGCUGAAUAGGGCUCUACAAGGACAAAAUAUAAACAAAGCUUUGAAAAAUGUGUAUUUAAAAUUCAAAGGAUGCAAGACGUCUACAAAUUUUCAGCUAAAUUUUGGAGGGAAAUUGCCAAAAUUACGUCAUCGAUAAACUCACGUGUGAGAUUAUGGAAAAUAAACCAAAAAAAUUUCUGUAUUAUUAUUUUGACUUUGUUGGUGUUUAAGUCUUACAUACAUUGUUCUCUUAGCCAGUAUUUAAUAUUCUGCAUUAUUGAUAACUGAAGUUAUUUCUUGUCUUGACCAUAGCCACCCCAAGGAUAUAUGCCCAACCAGGUAGGAAUUUGUGCCUUCCGAGACGGUUUUAAAGCAUUUUGUUACUGUCAGUGUAUUACUUGUGAAUUGCAGUAAACAAGUCAACUACCUGAGCAUGUUUGCAAUCUUGCCAGACACGCAUCGUUCUGAUUUAUUGUCGUUGGUUCAGAGAUAUUAAUUAAGUUCUCCUCUUUAAUUUUUAAUCAUUAUUAUCAUUAUUGAUUGUACUUAAGCUGGUAGAUUGUUUUGUUAUUUUAUCAUCAAUAUCAUCAUUAUCAUUAAUCAUUGUUUAUUGAAAGAAAAUAGAUUGUGUGUUAAUCUGUGUUGGUCUUUACAGACACCUUAUGGUAUGUCAAGAUAUAACCCAGCGACAAACAGACCACCAAAUGUCAGAAUACCAGGCCAGGUACGUCGUGCAAUCGAAACUCAUUAAUUCAGUUGUGUGUUUACCAGUGUUUUUUGCCUUCUUGGAUUUCCACUAACAUGUAUAAAAUGGUGCAUUAAAGCCAUGAGGAUGUGUCCUUCGUGAUGCAAAAAGAUUGAUACUGCCACCCAAAUAGAGGCUUAAAAGUUACAAUGUAAUAGUCUAGCAGUUGUUUAACAGACAAGGAAGCACUCCAGCUCUUUACCUGAAACAUGUUGAAGUGACUGGGAACAGUGAAGACACAAAAUCAGCUUUGCCUUCCAAUGGUCUUGCAUAAUAAAUUUUGCUCACAGAAUGGCAUGUAACUUUUACAGGACAAAUUUGAAUUUCUGGGUAAAAUUUUCUUACCUAGGUUGAUUCUUCAUUUCUUAAUCUGUCACCUUAGGUAGAAGAAAUCGGAAGUUGAGAAUCAACCUAGGUUCAGGGCCUCUACUAUAAGCCGGAACCAGUGAUUUCCUGUGGUUAACUAUAUGGCUUUUCACCAGCUACUUUCAUAGGAAACAAAACGGGAAGAAAACCUAAAGAAAAUUAAUUCUUGGCUGUUCAAUGCCCUGCCUAAUAUUACAUGUUUUUAGCAACUUAAAACCUUAACAGCAGUUCUGUAGGUUGUACCAUCCACAGCACCAAAGCGCUGCUAGUUUGAUUAAUUAGACUUUGUUUAUCAGCCUCCAGGGGGUGUGCCUGGUGCACAACCAUUAUUGCCAAGCACCAUGGACCCAACGCGACAACCAGGAGGCUAUCAAGGUAAUUGAGCAUUCACAGUAACAGCACGACCCAGGACAGGGGUCCUCUCAUAACCUGGUGGCCAUUUCUUCAAUUAAUCAUAUAUUCUAAUCAAAAUCCAAAGCAAACAAUCACAGGUUCCUAGCUAACAAACUAGUCAAUUUUGUUUUGUUAACUGAUAGUUUUACUAUUUCAUCUUCAAAACUACUGAAACCUUGGAUCUUGGAUGUAAACCACAACUGCUUUCCAGGCUCAUUAGUUGUCAGGACGUUUGAUGAAACAGGCCCCUGUUUAUCAAAAUCAUGUGCUUUAGGAUUGGGUAUGGAUUUUGAGGAGUUCAAUGCUUAAAAGGGUAUCCUUAAAAUAGCAAGUAUUGUUCCUUACUUUGUCAGGAAGUGCACUCUUUUGCCUGGCAGAAAAAAAUGUGAGAAGGAGUGCAUGUUGCCUAUAUGCGUUAGGUUUAGGUUUGCUAUUAGAGACAACUGUUUCUUUAACUGCGCAGAUCAUAGUCUGUACAAUGACUAGUAAACGCUCAUUGUUACUAUUGCACAACUGCAUUCAUGCACAAAAAGUGUAAUUGUAAGUAAUACAAAGAUGGGUAUUACAUUGGCUCUGUGUUAUAGUUGUCAGUUGCUUAGGGUUCUGUUGUGGAAAAUAUUCAUAUUUUUGUUGCAUCUUUGCCCUGUUUGUUAUUGAUUAGUACUGCAUGUGUAUAUUGAAACACUUUUUAUUAAGUUAGAAAAGUAAUUGACUGGUUAUAUAGAGGAUAUUACACGGUGGCACAAAGAUAUGAAUUUGCCACGAGAAAAUAACAUUCAUAUCUUCAAGCGGCCGUGUAAUGUUCUUUUUAUUAUGUAGACAAAAAGACAUCGAUAAAAUAAUAGAGGGAAAUGACCGAAAUUACGUCAUCGAUAAACUCACGUGUGAGAUUAUGGAAAAUAAAUCGCUCGGGUCCCGGAUGUAGUUUUUAUGAAUUUUACGAGUCAUAUAUUUUCCAGUAAAACACUCGUGUCUAUAUAAUAAAAAUAUAUAAUUUUCAUAACUCACAGGCCAACCCAUGCAGAUGAGUAGAAUGAAUCACCCCCGAGUUGCUGUUCCACCGGUAAGGAGACACCAUUUCAUCUCAUUAUUCAUUCAAAAUAUUUCACCAUUUCUGAUUGCCUAGCAAAUUCUUCAUAAACAACUGGCAUUACCGUAUUUGGAAGAUGGAGAAAUAUACCAUCGAAUCGCUUUUUGGUAUAUUGCUUGCAUCUUCCAAAUAUGGUAUCAAUCAGGCGCAGCCGCCUAGCUGUUUCACAUCCCUCUGAAGACGAAAUAGAGGAAUGCAAGAAUAGAGCGUUUUCACUCAUGUGGCUAGCAUCUAUGCUAAUUUAUUGGAACAAAAGAAAGUUUUUACAUAAGAAAAGAGUUCAAUUCCCUCAGGGUUGUCUUGGUACACCAACAUGGUCGCCGUUUCAUUGUUUUGGAACACCAAUAUGGCUGCCGUGACGUCAUGUCAAAGGAUCAUGACCAUGUAUUUGCUUGAAAGGGUUUUGGUGAAUCACUAAUGCACUUGAUGGUGUUAUUUUAGUAGUAUGUUAAAUGUGUGUGUCUUUGUCCUAUCUGUAGAGUUAUGGUGGAAUGCGACCUCCACCAAACAGUUCAGUAGCACCUGGAGUAAACAUGCCAAUGUAAGUCAUGGGUUUUUUUCCUUCUAUUUACUUUACUGUGUCUUAAACAUGCAUUUGCAAUCUUUUCUUUUUGACUUUUAUUGAAAAUGAUACGAUUGUUAAGGAAGUGGAAUUUUCCAGACGUUUGAAGUGUUCACAAAGUUAAUAGAAUUAAAAAGCAGCAGAAAAUGACUCAUACUGCUCAACUAUAGCCCGGUAGAUUGUUUAACCAUCAUUCUUACUUUGUGGAAGUAUUAUUAUCCAUAUCACCAUGUUUCUAGCCUGCGAGAACAAGCUCCCCGACGACUGAGCUGUCAGAUUUCCACCAAUCAGCAUGAAGCAGAAUCGAUUGCGAAUGUAAACUGACAUUGAAAAACACAGGCCUAGGGUAAUGAUGGCAUUACUAUUGUCAUCUCUGCCAUUCUGCAUUUCACAUAGACGUUUUUGCUGUAGAUUUGCAAAUUCUGGAGACCUAGUUGCAAGCUGUCCUUCCUUUUCGUGCCCUGCUGCCAGAGUACCCCGGAGAGCUUGCUCACAGGCUACCAUAUUUCAAAACCUGAAUAUAAUUUACCUGUAACAUGUACACUAAAAAAAGUGUUGCACAGGUUUUUCGUUGUUCAGGUUUAUACUAAGAAACACCAGUACAACUAGAAAUAAUCAAAGGUUAGUGAGUGAAGAGUAUAAUAGUCCAGUUUGGAGUUUGCUAUGACCGCUGAUUUAAAUUUUUUAUUUUUAACAGCCUUAGCCUCUAUCUGAGGUAAUAUAUUCACAAAUUCCAACGAGAAAAAGACCUGUUUAUUACUCUAUCUAUUGUGUAUAUUCAAAUUUCAAACACUUGCUUGCCAGAAUUUCUGAAUAUUUUACUUUACGUCGAGGCUAACCCUGUAUGAAUGUGUCGUCAACGUUCAUAUUCAGUGGUAAUUUUUAAUUGGAAACUUAACUAUUAUGGAUGGAAGGCAUCCAUACACUAAGGUGGAUCUUUUGAAAAAUAAUAGAAAACAACCAAGCAAACCGCAUUAAAUCCCAAUCGACAAAGUAAUCCAAGGUUCAAACAAUGACUGGAAAUUAAAAUUUGCAUGCCCAUGUUAUGCUAGGUUUACAUAAUAACUAAUUUAAAUCUUUAGUGUUAAAAUUUAAUAUUUUUGGGUGUGUGUUUCAAAGUUUUUACUUACUAACACAAGUUAACUGCUAGCUGCUUUUUUCUAUAGGCCAGGUAGUAGACCAUGGAAUCCCACAACAUCGGUAAGUAAAAUUCUGUACUGUCAUACAGUAUGCAGCCAACUCGCUUGUACUAAGUUUUUUAAAGUUUAUUUUGGCUUUUUAGAAGACACUAGUGAGCUGUUAGAAGACACGCUUUUCUAGUGUCUCCUUAUUUGCCAUUUUGGCCCUCUUUAUUUCCUUAUAAGGCCUUGAAAAUGUCAACUCCAAAAAAGAGAACAGGUAUAAUUGCAUAUUUACCUUUAGCCUGAUACUUUUUUGAGGAAGAAAAAGAAAAGACUGUGGGGGGUUUAUGUCAAAAUCUCCCUGGUGGUGCACAAUCGUUUGUAUUUUAUUCACAAAUUAUGAAGGAGUAGAUUAAUGUGACUUUUUAAUUGGUCAGUAAGGUCAAAAUGAUAGCCGUGCUACCAAACAUUUUGAACUUGGUGCACUGUCAAGUCCACAAAAACAUACGUGUAACACAGAGGAGUCUGAUGGGCUUCACAACCAUUACACUCUGUUACCUAUCGCAAAACACAACACUUUUCUUAUAAUAUGGGUAAGAUAAAAUAUUUACAUGACUUGCUACUAUUCAUGUCGUUAAAAAUUAAAUAAUAAUUAUCUUUGACUUGUGAUAGGUGGCAGGCCCCCCUGGAACACCGAUAAUGCCUAGUCCUCAAGGUAAGCCAGUAUGGAUCAAUGAAAUUACUUUUUGAUCUUCUUGUCAUGUCAAAUGAAUUGGAAAGGCUUGAAUUGCAGUUAACCAUCAUUUCAAAGAAUUACCACUCAUAGUGGAUGUCAAUCUAAUGUUUAUGGGGUGCAAUUAGUUUCAAGUUUAUUACAAUAACAUUUCAAGUCCCAUCCCUAGAGUGUCCAACAUCCAUUUUCUUCUAAUGCGUUAUGAUCAUGAAUACUUAAUCAAAAGAAAAAUUUUAUGCAGGGUGCAAAGAAAGUCGGUUUUACCGCUGGGUAAGCUGUAGCUAGCAUGUACUAGCACAAAAAUUCAUUUCAACUAGCCCCAAAAACGUUUUGAUAAGCACGAUUGAUUACACAGUAUUUUGAGUUCUUAUGUAAUUUGAAUUCCUCAAAAAACUUUACUUUCCCAUCGGGCAAGUUAAGAACAGAAUUCGCUGGCCCAAUAGCAAAAUCCACUAGUCCUGGGCUAUCGUACCUUACUUUCCAGAGGGGAAAGGUUUGACCUUUUAUUCUUAAAGGAAGUUACGGAGAUUUAAGUUUCAAGUUUAUUUACAAGGGCAUUAAAACAAAUUAACUAAUCUGUAGGUGUUUAGUGAGACUAAGUAAAUAGGGUAGUAUUACUUACAUGUGUACAAUAUAAAUGUCUGUACAUGUCUGUUUAUUAUGAUUUGGUCAGUGGUUCUUGUGUCUUGUUUAGAUCCAGCGAGUACUGGAAGUGAAUCCAUGUAUGCCAUGAUGAAAAGUGUCCCUGGAGGAAACAUGUCAGCUGUAAGAAGCAUAUUUCAAGAUUAGUAAAGCUAAGCCUGGUGUCCAUUAUGAUUGUUCAAAUCAUUACACAUUUUUAGCAUUGGUAGUGAUUUUAGCAAUUUCAUGUAUUGAUGCUAAAGUGCCCAUGAUGCCAGCUUUUAAGUUCUUUAUUAAAAUGAUUAUUCUCCGGUGAAUUCCUUUCUUUUUCUACUUUUGUUGACACUGAAACACAGUCUAUAUUAUGACUGGGGACAGUUAUUUAUUUAUGAGCAAGUAGUUAGUUAGUCACGCAAAUUGAGUAGCCUGCAUCGCAGAUGUAAUUUAGCCUUGGUUAGUAAUUGUCUGCAAAGCAGUGCCAAUAUCCUUGUUCUGGGAUAGCAACAGACUAACCAAAUUACCAGAAGUGUGUUUCGUAUUUCCUUUCAUCCUGAUUGGCAAGUCAACAAUGGAUUUUUUAACAGGCCAAUCAUAGCAUGUACACAAAUCCUGGUACACAGGGAGGGGCCGUGAACAAUAAUUUUGGGGCUGUUUCACAGACAGACUUAACCAGAGUUUAGUUUCUGUCUGUGGCGCAGGCUAUUUCUGAGGAGUUGUAAUAAAUUUGUUUUUACCUGUCAGUAAAUUAAGUUAUCAGCUCUAUAUUCUGUUGCCCAUCGAAAAUGCAGUGAUUUUACAAAUGGUGGAUGUUGUUUUUUGUUUGUUUCAGUACAUGGGAGGUGGUCCAGAACCCCCACUUCCACUUGGAGCUCAGGAACCAACUCUUGUUAUGAACGGUAAGGCUUCAAAUAUACACUACAUAUAACCUGACUUAUAUAGAUAAUAUAGCGUAGUGUGUGUCUAUGAACUGUUGUGCAAAACCACACCUAAUUCAACCAUAUGAAACCUACUGUAAGUGCAUACUUAACAGUAUGGGAAUAUCGGCAAGGAUAUCACCUAUCUGAUUCAAGAAAGGCUUCCAUAGGAAAGUGUUAUAGUGUGCGUGAUACUGGCAAAACUUAGGCGGAGAUAUUCAGUGCUAUCACAUUUUCUAGAUUCAGCUCGGUGUAAUGGAGACUUGGAUGCUUUACGAGAAGCAACUUCCGAAAGAGUCAUUUACAUGUAGUCAUGUAAAUGCCAGUUUAAGCUUUUUUACUUGAAGAAUAUUCACUAAGACUAUUUUAAUUUUUAGUUUAGGCUAGAUAUAAGAUAAUGCAAUGCUUUAUUUUGUCUCGUCCACCCUAGCUAUUCUGAUUGGGGGAAAUGUUUUUAGAUGAAAUGCAUCUUUCCAAUCCGGUAAUAAUGUCCACCAUGUGUUAGUUGUGGCUUGGGGCUGGAGAUUUGUCUGGUUAUGAUUAAAUUGUAAACUCCAUGUCUACUUUAGCUGAAACAGUAUGUUGUGAAUGCAAAUCCUUACUUUUCAUAUCUCCCCACCUUCAAAUAAUUUAUGUAACCGCCCUGUCUACAGAAUGUGGAAUUAAUUAUAGACAGCAAUGUUGUUGUUCAUUGAGAUGUUUUUGUUUUUCCCUCAGAUUCCAAUCCUGAUAUGGAUGGUCUGCCAAAGGUAAACAUUUUAGAAUUGCACUCUUAUUCAUAAUCAGAUUAUAAUGACACUCCAACAGUAACCCUUGCCUCUACCCUCUCCUCCCCAGUAGCAUUAUUGUUUUUGCUGUAUUGUUUGCAGGAUGCUCAGAAUGAUCACAACCCAGGGACCCCUGGGGAAGGUGAUAGCCAGUUUGGAAACUUACUGCCAUUUUCACAAGAUAAUGUAAGUAAAACCUAACAGUUUGUCUACUGUUAGAACGAAUAAUGCCUGUGUAAAGUUAACUUUUAUUGUCAUAAUACGCUGAAUUCAAAGUUGUAAACUUUAAGUUUAACUCAAGACGGACUAAAAUGGACUAAACAAUAAGGUCAAGUUUCCGUUGUAAAACAGACCCUAAUCCUGGCAAGGAUUAUUACACCUUUAAGCCUAUUAAAAUGAGGAUGAAAAUCUCCUUGUAAGUUUAUAAAAUUUGACAACCUGUAAAAGCAGUUAGAAUGAGAAGCACUUAGAAGCUUCUUUCUAAUCAAAAACGUUAAUUAAGUGUUAAAUCAAAGCGUGAAAAUUACAAACUAAGCUUAUACAAACCUGCAAGAUGUUAAAGAAGCUCAAAGCCCGAUCACUUUCUUUGUGGCGCUAUUUCCCUCAAUCUGAAGCAGUGAUCGUCGGGGCCUGGGUCCCGAUUCUCGAAAAUCCCGAUAAUUAACCCAUUCGUCCAUAGGAAUUUUGCUGAAAACGCGUUUUGAAGCUAGUCGAGCGGGUUUUUUAGUCACUGGCUGGCUACAAAGAGUACACUUUAGGGCCUUCAGAUCCAGAUGCAAAAUGUUAGUUUGCGAAGUUUUUUUUUCCUUUUUCUAGCUUCGUUUACUCUCCUCCCUCUUCUUUCGCGUUUCGUGCCUCAUUUUGUUUUCUUUUGGUGGGCAUUUAGUAGGUUUCAUUUUGGUGGGAAAAGUUUUUGGGAAGGCUUCUAGGAUCUUAGUAUUAGAUGAAAGGAAAGGUAGCUGGGCAGUGAAACAAGACGUGGAAAUUUUCGGGUCAAUGUGACAUGCGUUUUUCUCCGAUCUCCUUAAGUGGAUCGUGCUUAUUCUGGUAUGGUUUGAAAGAUCUCUUCACCCUGCACAAGUUAGCGGACAGAGUUGUCUUUGACCAUUAAAACUGAUGGUGUCACUAGCGGAUCCGUACGGGCGGUUCAGUAGCCUGCGUACAGCCGCCCGGCCCCUCCCCUCAGAAAAAAAUCGGAGCCCCUUCUCCUAUUUCUGAGGGGAGGGGCGGCUGUACACUGGGUAGCGGUUCAGGGGCGAAUGUGUUUAAUAACGGACCCUUAAAGCUAAGCUUGUUUACAUUCAAUAUAAUGGUUUCGAUAGUUUUACAGAGAGCUUGAUAAAACUAUUGGUGAACAAAACAAAAUGGACUGGUUUUUUAGCUAGGACCCGCGCUUUUAUUCCUUAGAUUUUCAUUUUAAUAUUUGAUUUCGGGCACGAACAGUUGCCGGGAUUUUUCGAGAAACGGAACCUCUGAAAGGGCCGACGGGCUUAAUUAUUUUCGGCGUAUUUGCUCGAACGAGUGCCUCCCUAAAAUAAGUAUUAAGUACCAAAUAUAUACCGGUCAGACUGAGUUGAAAGUUAGGAGUGGGACGAACUUUACAACAAGCGUUGUUGUUGCGUGUCUAGUGCUGUUUCUAUCGAUCGAUGUUUUAAUAAAACAGACAGCGAGAGAAAAAGAGUAAAGUUACGUAUAUACUGUAUUAUUCGCAAAUAACUAGUUCUAUCAAAAAUUGAGUCGCACAGACAAUUUGAAAAACUUAACAAAGCUCCUCGACGCUUUUUCGAAUAAAUACUUAUACCUUAUGUCUCGACAACGUAUAAGAAAUGAUAAUAUACACCGUGAAGUGUUUAAUCUAAAAUAUGCCAAGCUAAAGAGAAACAAAAAUCAUCUGGAAAUUCGCUAUUCCAAAAUAGCCCUUUGGACCCGCACAGCAAUUAUUUGUGUGAAGGUCAUUCCUUUCAGUGAACUAGUCUUGAUUAAGAUGAUUUAGAAUAAUGUCAUUGUUUCCAUUUUUUCCUGUAUUUAUCCUCGGACUUUAAAAAAUAAGCUUAACACAGUAGGCGUGUAGUAUUAAUGAAUAAAAUACUUGUUGAAAGAUCAUAUAACGUUAGUGAAAUACCUAAUAACUGAUAUGUGAUCUACCUGUGAGAGGUUUAUGUUUAUUCUUGUGGGUAAACUUUAACAUCAAAUCGAAAUUCUUAUUCAUGCAAUGCAUUUGUACUAUAAAUUCACUUGAAAUCAUCCUUAUAAUGACUUAAAUUUCGGAAAUAAAUCAUAACCAUAAACGGUUUUUUCUUACAGCGGGGCAUUUUGAGCCUUUCCAUUCAUUUUAUCCCAGUAAAAUCUGUUUUUCCUUGUAAAAGAUUUUCAAAGGAUGGCUGUUACCACAAGAAAUUUGUUCGCUUUUUAGGUUUAAAUGUUAUCGGAUCAUGAAACGUUUCUUAUCAGGUUGUGUUUAUUCCCAAACUUAAUUAACAAAUGCCACGUCUGUUAAGAACAACCAUAGGUCAUUUGACGCCAUAACCACGUCUUAAAAAAACUUAAAUACUCAUACGUUCAUUCCCAUUCUCCCUUUGUUCGCUAAAUCACUCGGUUAUACACAGAACUUUUUUCAUGAGACCGCGGUCCUCGUGGUCAGUAGCAAGGAUAAAGCUGAUCACGGGAUCGAGGCUUAGUCACCGUUCUCUUUCUUUCGGUCGUUUGACUUUAUAAUUCUUAUUUGUUUGCAGACAUUUCCAAGUUAGACUGAACGUUAACAGGCUUUUAAAGUGAGUUGAGCUAUGUACAGUUAGUGUUGCAUGCCAAAUGUGGUUAGAGCUAAAGAAUGACUUAUGGUUGACUUGUGAUAACACAUUGAUCGUAAAAAAAAACCUACCCCUUUGAAACAACUAUCAAAAACCGUGUUUCUUGAGCAAAAUAACUAGGAUUGAAGACGGAUAUUUAACACAAAUUAAGAGUAGUAAUAGACGUGCAGUUCUUCCUGAAUCAAAAAGUGUUCUCUUGAGUAACGGUUUACCAUCUUACAUUCUUAGCCUAUAGCCCAAUUCAAUUGUUCUUCCCAACUUCACGAACCCAGAAGUCCUGCGCAGAAGUUAUCAUACCUGAAUAUGUGCACUGUCAUCAGUUGAUAGUAGGGUAUUACGGUAUGGUGACUUGAGCACUUGUUGUCUAGUCACUGUCUCUGUCUGCAUGUUCAGAACUUCCACUCACUCAGGUGGUCAGGAUCAGAUUAAACCCUUCAGACAAAUGGGAGCAAGGGUGGCGUAGUGGUGAGAGCGCUCGCCUCACACCAGUAUAGCUUGGAUUCAAAUCCCGGUGUCGACGCCAUAUGUUGGUUGAGUUUGUUGUUAAUUCUUUCCUUUGCUCCGAGACGUUUUCUACCGGGUACUGCAGGUCUCCCCUCCGUCUCAAAAACCAACAUUUCCAAAAUUCCAAUCCCAAUUUUAGGGAUUGUAGGCGAAGAACCACUACGUGGAUGUGUUACUGAAGAAUCAUUACUAUUAUAUUUUUUAUAAACUUUUUCAAACCUUUAAAUUCUCUGUUGUGAGUUUGCCGCAUAACUCGGGUCUCAAUUUGAUGAUUACAUAAUUGCAUAAUAAAUCCUAGUAGGCACUGUAGCGACCUACAUAUCAGCACUAAGCAUUUUUUAUGCUGUCUUGGGUACGUAAGAGAACGCUUUCUUCUGAGAAAACCUUUGUUCCUGCUGGAAGAAUCAAAGCUUCGGCUUUUAAUGUUUUCUUUCCAUUUUAGUGUGUACAAUCCGUCCGUGGAUAAAUAAUUAUGUAUUCUACUGAUAUCUUUUAUAAGUUGCGUUUCGCGUUCAGUCAUCCAAACAAUGGAAGUUUUAAAUCAUUCUUAAUUUAUGUCUUUGAGAUAAAAUAGCGUUUUAACAGCAAAGCUUUGUGUCUUACCGGGUUAGUAUUAGCAUGUGUUUCAGGCCGAGCUGGUGAAACGAGACAGCUCGAUGCACUCGUCUCCGGCGCCUUCUCAAAAGGAUACGCGCGCAAAUUCCCUUUCCCAUGAUCUUCCUUGUAACAGCUGGCACAAGCUGAGCUUCAGUCCAUGUGUACCUGAAAAACUCAACAAUGAAUCAAUCAGUACUUGAGUGUACCUAAUUUCUGACUUCUCGGUCGGAUCUGAAAUUCCAGACCUAACUUAGAGUUAUAUAUGUGAAUAAAUCAGAGAUAGGAGGAGGCAGCGUCGCCGGCUGAGCGGUAAGAGCGCUGGACUUGCAAUUCGGAGGCCCCGAGUUCAAGUCCCGCCCUGACUGCUACAGGGUCCGUACAGGUCAUGAAAAACCUGGAAAGUCAUUGAAUUUAAGAAUUUCGUUUUCAAGGCCUGGAUAGUCAUGGAAUUCAAUUUUCGGUCCUUGAAAGUCAUGGAAAAUUAAAGUUUUGUUUGGUACAUAAGUUGCUGCAGAUGACAAAGCAAGGAUAAUGUAAGAUAAAGAGGAGUAAUUAAACAGCGUGUUCUUUUCUGUUAAACUGUUUAAGGUAAAAAAAAAUAUGUUAAAACAAGUAAAGUUUUGAAAAUUUUCCAAAGUGGCAGCUAUAACUAAGGUCAUGGAAAAAGUCAUGGAAUUUGAAGAACUUGAAAGAAUACGAACCCAGCGCUAACUGGAUUUGUUCACGGUAGUCCCGAGUUCAAAUCUUCGAUCCCGCCAGUCAGUGGGAUUCGUAACCCUGUUAUGUUUGAUUUGAAAGUCAUUUGCUGGGCUCCACUAGCAUAAGUGAUAUAAAUGCUGCCGAGGAUAAAUAAUAACAAUAAUAAUCAUCAUCAUCAUCAUCAUUAUUAUAGACUGCAAAAAGAUCGAUUUUAUUCUCAAAAUCGGUUUAACGUAGCGCAAGAAUAGCCUAAGAAUCUCACGCGCGCCCAGCGCGCGAGUCUCAUACGCCCUAGGGGCUCUCCCCAGUCUCGCUGUCUGUUUUCAGCCUUGGUCCAGACCGUUUGGUUUGGCGUACUUGAAUACACAAAAAUACGGACUGUUUUACAAUUUAUUAUUAUUAUUAUUAUUAUUAUUAUUAUUAUUAUUAUUAUUAUUAUUAUUAUUAUUAUUAUUAUUAUUAUUAUUAUUAAAAAAUGAAAGUGAAAAUGGAUAGCAUUGAUUCAAGCCUCUCCCCAGGCCUGCUGCGUCUGGUUAAUCAAUCGAGGGACAUGGGCGCAAGUUCUUGGCUGAAUGCGAUGCCUCUCGCAGAUAAAGGUUUAGCCCUCAACAAGCAAGAAUUCAGAGACUUGCUACGCUUGCGUUAUGACUUGCCCUUAGUCGAUUUACCAAGUCAUUGCAUAUGUGGGGAUAAAUUCACCGUUAGUCACGCCCUCUCUCGUAAAAAGGGGGGGUUUGUAGCGCAGACACAUGACGGUGUACGGAACUUGUUAACGACAUUCAUCGACGAGAUCUGCAAUAAUGUCGAAAUCGAACCACGCCUCCAACCCCUGGACAACGAGCGAUUUCAUUUGAGGAGCGCUGUUACAAGUUCUGAGGCAAGAUUGAACAUCAAAGCGGGAGGUUUCUGGGCAAGAGGAGUUACGGCAUUUUUUGAUGUUAGAGUUACGCACGUCAACUCCAAGUGUUACCAGAGCAAGCCAACAUCGGAAGUGUUCAAAGAGCAAGAAGAAGCGCAAGUACCAGCAGCGGGUGUUAGAUGUAGAAAUGGGUUCGUUUACGCCUUUAGUGUUUGGAACCAAUGGCGGAAUGGGAAACGAGUGUCAGCGGUUCUUAAAGCAUCUCGCAGACAAGAUAGCUCAGAAAGACACCGAGCCUUAUCAUGUUGUAAUCACUUGGCUCAGGACACAGAUCUCGUUUGAACUCUUAAGAUCGGUACAUGCAUGCGUCAGAGGUUCGCGAACGCCGUUUCGUAGCAAGAUAGAGCAAUCAUUAGACUGUAAAAUAAAUGUCGCUAGUGCAGAUAUCUGAAAUACGUGUCUAUAUGCUUUUAUACUUAGGGCUUUCUAUGGACACUGGUGUAGCCGUCAUUAGUAUAAUUCGAUUGUAUGAUCUUGAUAUCUCUGCAUAAUGGCAUUCUUAAUUUUAUAGAAUUUUGAACUUCUAUGAUUGAUUAUAUCUAUUUCCUCUUCUUUUAUGUAAGGUUAAGUUACUUCUAUUUUUUAGAAUUUUUAAAUGAAAAGUUUUCUCUUUCUUCACUUAUUAUAUAUAGGAUUGUUUUUGUUCUCUAAUGAAGGAAUUGUAGAUAGUGUUUUGAUGAAUUGAUUAGAUUUUUUGUAACAGCAGGUUGAUUGUAAAUAGGAUUUUAAUUGAGGUUUUGUAAUAAAGAUUUUACCAAUUUAUUAUUAUUAUUAUUAUUAUUAUUAUUAUUAUUAUUAUUAUUAUUAUUAUUAUUAUUAUGCGCAUGUCUCACACCUAUAGGUGGCCUUAUUCCCGACCAUCAAGCUAUCUCCUUUAGCCUUAGGUGUCUAGGGUCCUUCUUAGGAUCUUGGCUGUUCCCAACAAACAAGUUUCUGGAUCAUUAUUAUAUAAUAGUAAUAACAUUUGUUUUAUUAUAAUUAGUAUAUAAUACUACUAAUAAUAAUUAUUAUUUUCAUUUUUAUUAUUAUCAGAGAUUAUCAUUCCAAUUGGUCAGUGUACCGAUAACCAACAUUGUGUAGCUUCUCCUAAAAUGUUCUACCAUCGUGGUAUAGGAUAUAAUGGGGCCAAAACCGAUUGUGGAAUUGCACAUCUUUUAGGCAUCUUACUGACGAACAGUUACGACUUACUAUAACAAUAGGCCAUUUUUACGAUGACGACAUUUGACUACAACUACCAGAAUUCAUUUCGUUUUUGCUUUCUUAUUUAAAUUUGUCAAUCCCGCUGAGGAUUAGAGAACAAUAGCUCUAAUUUGCACAAGAAAACAACAAACUCAAGGAUUCUGGUAGUUGUAGUAAAAUGACGUCAUCGUGCAAUUGUCCUAUUUGCCGUCUGUCCCGUUUGAAUUGUUAUUAGAGUGUUGGUUGUUGCUGCUUUUGUGUGAUAGACUUUAUUAUUUUUCAGGAUCACUGCGACUCAGUUGCGAUCCUAAAGAUCAAAGAAAGUAUGCAAGAAGAAGCUAGAAGAUUUGAAAAUACAGAUGGGACAACAGACCAUCAAGGAGAGUUCUUCAUGCAAUAACAGCAAGAUAGCUUUUUUUCUUUGUAUAUUUAUCAACUAUUAUCAAACGAUUUGUAGAAAACAAUAGUGCAGAGGGGGUUUGGACCUCAGUUUUAGGAGAAAAUCUAAUAAUAUUUCCAAACUCGCUAGUACUAGGAUCAUUUCUCUUGUGCUCUGGGGUUAAACAUUUUAGAUUACUCUCCUGUUGUAACAGUCCUUGAAUCCUCAGAACACACGAAACAAAUGGUACCUAAAAUAGAUUGUCUCUAAAAUAAGGUUAUAUUAUAUAGAAAAGGCAAAGUAUGUUUGUAUAGUUCGUGUACUACGUUCCGUCUUCGUUUAACAUAUUCAUCUGUCGUUGGGUUUACGUUGUAGAUUUACUGGCAAGUUAUAAACUAUAGUAAAGAUCUCGGCCUUCAGCUAAAAAGGUAAAAUAUAGACAAGUAUCAACGAAAAUCAUUGAAAAUAUAACUUGUUCUCCACAAGAAAACUCUCGCUACCCGUAAACAUUAUCAUUGCUUGUGAACAAUUUCGAAUUAUUUCAACAAAAUAUGUUUAGGGGAUAUCUUUGAGUCGGCAGAACCAAAUAUUCGUCUCUGGCUUAUUUAAAUUGAGAAUAUAAAACCACACGAGGCUCUUCUUGCCUCUCGAAGUUUACUAAGCCAAUGUUCACGCUAUACCGACACGAAAAGGUAUCCGGUAUGGUUUAAAUACCUAUCCGAUAUAGAGAUCGGCGCGGCACAGUUUCGCUCCGUUGCAGAAAUUGCGCCGAAAUCACCGCUCUUCAGCGUUCGUACAGGUCAUGGAUAACCUGGAAAGUCAUGGAAUGUAAGAAUUUCGUUUUCAAGGCCUGGAAAGUCAUGAAAUUUAAUUUUCGGUCCUUGAAAGUCAUGAAAAACUAAAGUUUUGUUUGGUAGAGUCGUUGCUGCAGAUGACAAAGGAAGGAUAAUGUAAGAUAAAGAAACAUUAAACAGCGCGAACUGCACGCGUUUUGGUGGAUACCACAGUGUUUCUGUUGAACUGUUUAAGGUCAAAAAAUAUGCCAAAACAAGUAAAGUUUUGAAAAUUUUCGAAAGUGAAAGCUUAAACUAAGGUCAUAGAAAACUAGAAAAAGUCAUGGAAUUUGAAGAACUCGAAGGAGUAGGAAGCCUGUGGUUAGGUGUGAACCAGAGCCCUAUCUGAUAUGGUUUUCGUGCCGACGCAAAUGCUGUCCGGUAUAGUGUGAACAUAGCCAAAGAAUCGUUGGAUCACUAUACGAUUCUGCAAUGUUCCCCUCCUACCCCUCCCUUAACCCUGCGUUAACACGGACCUCUUAACUUAAUACGCAGUGUUGUGUUAAGGGAGGGGUCGGUGGGCAGGUUUGUAGAAUCCUAUACUGGUCUUUAUGGCUGCGAUACUAGCAAUUUUUAUAGGAGCCAUUGACGAGUCAGUUUCUCGAACACAGUCCUUUCUGGGAAACCUGUAGAAGUAAAAUAGGAUUAACCUGGAGGACUGGAAUGAUUUUGUGACCUUUCAUCGACAUAGCUGAAUGCCCAGGGUAUCUUGCUGAUCACACUUCUUGAGGCAAUACUUGGUGGCCUUUAUAAAAUCGUUUCAGGUAAGCGGUUAUGAGGCCGUCUGAACCGUCCCUGAAGGACUGUAUAUUGAAUACUGAUUAUCCGAACUUGCCUAGGAGUCCUUAAACGAUCACGUUUGCUAUACUCUUCUUAUUCUCGUCAAUUUAGAGGAUGUAACCUGACUGUUUUGUAAAAUGCAUGCAUCUCCGUCAAUAUUUAUGCUAAACGCGCUGUAGAAAUUUAUCACUGGUUUAAACGCUUGUGAUUUCUGUUAUUAAGUGUAACGCUUAGCGAACCCGGUAACUUUUUAGCUCGCUAGGUAUAUUUAAAUGAUUCAAAGCGGCCGUUUUAAGGGAAAACUCAAGUUCAUAGAGCGUUUGCAUUGAGUUUAUCUUUUAAACUGAAUGUUAUUUAGGUUUACCAGCAGCACCACUCUGUAGGAGAAUAAAUCGCCACGACAGAAUAUGUGGGUAGACUGGACACCAGCUUUCAUCAGCACUUGGGUUUAUGGGAUUGGUUUGGGUACGUAAAUACUAUGUAGUGGGUUCUGAGUUCUUACUCAACCUCUAAGAAUGACCAGCUUCUAAAUUCUCCUUUAAAACACUGUUAAAUCAAAGAAAAGGUCAUGAGAAAGGUUCUGCAAGUUAAUAGGUCUUGAUUUUCAAACGAAUCGUCUUCAUCUGGCACCAGUUGUUUAAAAGGUGGAUAACGCUAUACAUCUUUUGAGCAACUGGGGCCAGCACCAAAGCAAAUAUACGGAGAACAGGGAAAUUAAUAUGCAUUUCGAUAGUAGGGUUUAAAGUACCAAUGGGAGUUCAUAUUGGGUGCUUAAAGGUCUUGCAAAGCUGGUGUCCAGUGUAUUCAAAGUUUCUGUAGUGUUGAGAAAUCCAGUUAUUAGGCAAGGUAAUGCCAACCCACUCCCUUGGAUUUUCUGUCGUCCUUUUUCAAGACAGACUGACCCUGGGAGUGAAUUUUGGAUGAUUACCUUGUUUAGUUUCCAUGACCUUGCUAAGGAUAAUCAAAUAGAUAUUAAUCAUCAAUUCAGCUGAAAGGCUUGCUAGACUUGCGGGUAUCUAUUCAGCAGGCCCAGCGAAACCUUGUUUCUAACGGCGGCAAAGUAUUAACUGCUUUGAAAUGAAAUUAAUUUUUCUCUGGGAAAAAGUAUGGGGUGUCACCAAAUUACACUGGGCUAUGAUUAAUGUGAUUGAACAAGUAUGACUGAUGUGAAGUAAUUUUAUGGAACCAAUUUUGAAGACUGAACAAGUAUGUUCCAAAGCAAUAUACCCCUAUAUUACUUUCUCCUAAAUACCAUAAUAAAUCUGUAUAAAGAUCUGUCAAAAUAUGUUACUCCUCUAGAUAAGUACUCUUAUACAGUUUGUGAUCAUAUUGAUUAAAGAAAUUGCAAAUUGAUUAUAACUUGCCAAC